CCGUCCGUCCCGGCCGGGGCAGCGCGCGGCGGCUCCGUGUUCACCGGGCUAUGGUGGCCGGUCGCGCUGCCCGCCCCGGUGCCGCGACCUUUUGGCGGAGUCACAGGCCUGACUCGGGGCGAAGACGUGGAGGUCCGUAGGCCGCCCUCAGCGUGACUGCCGCCGUCAGCGCUUGGGUCCCCGCUGUGGGGGCUUGAGCCCCGUGGGGUAACAGAGCGCUCAGAGCGCCUUGGAGCCGGGUGUCGUGCUGAGGGGGGUGGGGGGCCGUUGUCCGUUCGACGCUUUGGCCGCGCAGCCGUAGGUUUAUUAAUCCGAAGCUUCCUGUCCUUUCUUUUACUGCCGUGCCUGAAAGGCAGACAAUACGGUAUUGUGUUUGGGAAACUGAAAGUGAAACUGCACGUGGUGGCAGAAAUGGGGGAGUGGUCCAGCGGGGACCACUGGCACAGAGCAGGGUAGAAGUGCUGCUAUAAGGCCCUUGCAGUGACAGCUGAAUAUCCUCUAAUAGUUUUUGUGUAUUGCAAGUAUAUGGCUUAAAGCACAUUCUAACCGCCAGCUUGUGGAAGGCGCUUUCUCCUUCCUCGAGGAAGAAAGGAAUACAGUUUUCUCCAUGGCUUUCAGUGCCUCUUCCUCUGGCCUGUCUUUUGCUUUCUGCUUUGGAAAUAGCAGGCCCUGUUCUUUGGAGCCCGGUAGUAUCAUAGCCUAAGACAGUUCCCCCUGUGCAGGUUUUUUGUGCUUCCUUAUCACUGCUUUCACACUUUAUUCACGUGGAACCAGUCCCUUUGGGGGAGAGAGCCUAACUUUAUGAAGAAACUUUUAUGCUCCAGCCCUCAUGUAGUGUGUUGUUGUUUUGCCUCGUUCACCUGAAUGAUAUCCUAGUUGUUUUAACCCAGGUGCUGGCACCUGCUGAAUGUUAUUUCUGCAGCAGGUAUAACUGUCCCUGUUAUUUUUCAGUCCCAGUUUGUUCUUGCAGUGUCAGGGACAGUGUUGUCCUCUCACGGGCAGGAAUGUCUGUCUGUGUGGUGGGCAUGGAGCGAGGCAACGCUCAGUCACACAGGAAGGGAUGAGGCAUCACUGCCUUUAGUUGUGUGACUGAAGUUUCUACAUAUGCAGACCUAUAGAAAUAUGAAGACAAAUGUUUAGUUAUUUCUAGUCUUAAGUGGGGGUCUUCUGAGAUAAUUGUAUGAGAGACUCCUUUGUGGAAUUCUGCAUGGCAUCAGUUAAUGUUUUUAUUGUACAAGGAAAAAGGGCAGAGGCAUUAGUUCCUUUAUCCCCAUUACUGCCAGCUGCCCAUUCUACUGCUGGCUUUUCUUUGUGAAAUCAAAGCUGAUUUCUAGCAUUAGUCACAUAGAAAUAAUUCCAAAGUUCUUGUCUACGUUGUGUUGCAAAUACACUGCGCUGUGUUUCCCAAUGUCUGCCAUUCCAGUGAAACAGGAAAACUGUACAGUCAGUUACAAGUCUUUGCUGUUGAAAGACUGCCAGCAGAUAGUGCUUAUCUCAUCUCUUCGCAUCAUCGAGGUGCUUUUCUUCUCAGCACAAAGAUGAGGUUAGAGCAAAGUGUAGUUUGAUGAGCCAGUAUUUCUCAUAAAAUACGCUUUGGUAGAAAGCUGCUCUGUGUCUUAAAAUGUAUAUUAAAACAAUAUUAAAAAAAAAAAAAUCAACAUAGCACUAGAAUCAUAGAAUGGCCUGGGUUGAAAAGGACCACAAUGAUCAUUGAGUUUCAACCCCCCUGCUAUGUGCAGGGUCACCAACCACCAGACCAGGCUGCCCAGAGCCACAUCCAGCCUGGCCUUGAAUGCCUCCAGGGAUGGGGCAUCCACAGCCUCCUUGGGCACGUGUCCCUACAUUCACUCAUUUGUCACUAAUGCAAAUGUGAACGUUCUGUUUGAUACUCAAGACAAUUGAGAGAGGUUUUGUCUCAGAUUUUUCAAGUGAGCAAAAUACCUCUGUUUUAUUUUUUGACUUAGUGCUUAAAAGUGUUCAAUUGGUAAGAGAGGUUUGUACCACGUAUGUUAUCUGUAAAGUUUAUUGUGACUGACUUGGUGGGGUUGAAGGGGUCUUACUGUGUCACCUAUGUACUAUGUAUGUACAUAAGUUAGUACUGUGUACUAAACGCCAGCUGUUACUUGCUUUGGAAGUUGGUUUAAUUAAAUUGGCUGGCUGAGCAAACCAUUUAACACCUUUAAAUACAUCAGUACUUUUAAAAUAGCAUGUUAUGGGAAAAGAAUCCAAAAGAAAAUACGUAUUUGAAAAAACAGAUCUUCAAAAAAUAUGGAAUCACAGACUCAUUAAGGCAGGAAAAGACCUCUAGGAUCACCCAGUCCAACCAUCAGCCCACACCCACUGUGCCUACUGCCCACAUCCCUCAGUGCCACAUCCACACGGCUUCUGAACACCUCCAGGGAUGGUGACUCUACCACCUCCCUGGGCAGCCUGUGCCACUGCCUCACCUUUCUUGCUGAGAAGAAAUUGUUCAUGACAUCCAAUCUGAACCUCCUCUGGUGCAACUUGAGGCCAUUCCCUCUUGUCCUAUCAUUGUUAGCCAGGAGCAGAGACUGACCCCCACCUCACCACAACCUCCUCUCAGGUGAUUGUAGAGAGCAAUGAGGUCUCUCCUGAGCCUCCUCUUCUCCAGACUGAAAAACCCCAGCUCCCUCAGCCACUCCUUCUGAGAGUAUUAGCAGGCAAGAUAAUAAAUUUGGUGGAUUUGACAUAAGCUCCAUUGUUUUCAAUAGAGGAAAAAAAAAACAACAAAAAACAUGCUGCGUUAUUUACUCCUGCUUGUGGCCAGCUGUACUGCAGAGCACAAUCUGUAUAGUCCGCAGUGAGGACAGUGACAGGAGCCAUGGGCUGCAUUCUGUCGUGGGUGAUCAAAGGGGUAUGAGGGGAAGAGAGAGAUUCUGGCAGGAAGAGCAGGGAUUACUGCUUGAGGAAGAUGACAGUUUCAGGGACUGAAGAGGAACAAAUGAAGUACGCAUGGAACCAUUUUGAGAGUGCAAAACAAGGAAGGGCCACAGGAGCACUGAUGAACUUUACUUUCGUCUUUCUGUGUAUGAAGAUCUGUGACUGAUCAUCCGUCUGCAAAGGAGGUCGUCCCUUCCCCUUGGUAUUAGUUGUUUCACUGAGGUGGUCGCUUUUCCACUGUGAUACAAAGACACUAUAUUCUCUUUUUUUGUUUGGAGACAGAAAAUAUGGGCAUCUUAUCUAAGGUUCCUUUGUCAGACUCAAAGGUUCUUGCUCUGCAUGUGAAGUCCUGCUGUGUCUCUUACUCUUUUCUUAACUGCCAAUGGUAGGAUUACAGUUCAGCGGUGAAACAUUGGGUGAAAUAUUUUUGCUUUUUUGGCUCCCGCUUUUGUUUCUAUACAUUCCAAAUAAAUAAGCAGCGUAUUUACAUUUCAGGUAUGAUGCGUUGAGUGCAGUGCUUGUGUGCUGGUUUUAUAUUGUAAUCCUGCUUGUGAGGUACUCAGAACACUGCUGUUAAUGGAAGAAUUCAUGUAUAAGUGCAGAACAAGAACGGCAAUCUAAUCUGUGAGGAAAUGGCAGGAUUCUUGGACAACUUCCGGUGGCCAGAAUGUGAGUGUAUUGACUGGAGUGAAAGAAGAAAUGCCAUUGCUUCCAUAGUCGCGGGUGUAUUGUUUUUCACAGGUUGGUGGAUAAUGAUAGAUGCUGCAGUAGUUUACCCUAAGCCAGAACAAAUGAACCACGCGUUCCAUACCUGUGGGGUGUUUUCAACGCUAGCUUUUUUCAUGAUAAAUGCUGUAUCAAAUGCCCAGGUGAGAGGAGACAGCUACAGUGAUGGAUGCUUAGGAAGGACAGGUGCUCGCGUCUGGCUCUUCAUUGGCUUUAUGCUGAUGUUUGGUUCACUAAUUGCUUCAAUGUGGAUUCUUUUUGGAGCAUAUGUUACACAGAACACUAAUGUUUACCCUGGAUUAGCAGUGUUUUUCCAGAAUGCAUUGAUAUUUUUCAGUACUCUGAUCUACAAGUUUGGAAGAACAGAGGAGUUAUGGGGAUGAGAGAUCACAAUACAGCAUUGUCUAUUCCAUAGUUGCUCUGUUGUACUCUGUAUGUAGAUAUUUACGUUGAUUUGUUCUCGUUUUGCUUUCUAAAUUGUAUGAACUGAGACAAACUACGAUUUCUGUAAUAAGCUCCCUCUUUUCAUAGGACAGAUUUGUGAAUAUGUACAUAUGACUGUAUAUAUCUUAAAAAGGGAAAGUCAGGCUUUCUGAAAUCUUCAGGCUCAUUUCUUCAAAUACGUGAGUUUCCAUUGACUGUUAAGACUCGAUCUUCCAAACCUUCACACGUGUGAGAGACUUCAGUCGAACUGCAAGUGAAUAAGCAGGAUGGAAGGGGUUGGUGUCUUUAUGCAUAGGUGAUCUACUGCUGAUUAUAAAGAGCUGACAGUAAGGGCUGCCUGUAUACCUGGAGGGGAGUGGUAGCUCAUGGAAGUGACCCUUUAUUUCCUGAGGGUAAAUUCUACUGUAUGCUGAGUUAAGGGUUGAGUUUUGUAUUUUUCCAAACAGUUACAUCCAAUUAAGCACCUGUUUUGUUUUGUUUUGUAGAAGGUUAUGAGUUUUUAAACAAGACCCUAUUUUAAGUAGGUUCUGCAUGACCAAUCCAACUGUACUUGAUUGCCGGUGCACAACUGAAAUUUGGUAGCAGCACAGAAUUUAUUUCUUGCUGUUCAGUGUGUAAUAGAUGCCAAUCGAUAUUUAUUGUAUUUACCGAUCCUAGAAUUUCAAGAACCCUGCAACUGCCGCCAAUUGUCGUUAGGGAAUAGAAAGAAUAAGUGAGAAUCAGACUGACAGCUUUCAGAUUAUGCUCGAAUAGAUUAUCUUCAGGGCAAGCUUUUUGUUGAGAAAUGAGCGGUUCUGUUGCCACCUCCUUAUUACCUGAGGUAAUAGAACAGGUGAGUAUUUCAAAUGGGAAUAUAGCAGAUUGCGUUAUUGCUAGCGGUCUUACCUUGAAAUAAUUGCCAGUUUUAGGACUGUUGCUUGCCCCAGUUAAAAUGUAUUUAUAUUCCAAAUCUCACAGGUAUUUUAUAGGGUAUUUUGUAGGAAUGUGUUCACUAUUGAAAUCCAUUUUCUCCUAGCUGGAGUAUACAGAAAGGGAGAACAGCAGUGUUUUAUGGCUUUGGACUGAUGUUGUAUAUUCAUCUUGCUGUUGGUGACUUCCUUGUAAGUUCUAUGUGUUUUUAAAGCGGUUGAAUCUACCUUGUGUCUGAAAGCUUUUAUAACUUUCCAUGUAUCAAGAUUGCUGACCAAAUGGCAUUAAACUUCAGAACAUAACUUAUGUGCAUGGUUACUGCAUACCGUUAGUCAUCUAAUUGCUCCCAGUGGAAUCUUUCCAGUGGACAGAAUAUGAAGCAAAUACCGCAGCUGAAACUGUGCUACUGGCUAGACUAACUUCCAUCCUCAUUUUGUCAUCCUGCAGGGAGUUACCGUAUAUUCACUGGUGUUAAUCACAGCUUUGUACAUACGUUGUCUGGUUGGUUGUAAUUCCAGAAAACUGCAAUAAACUUCAUCUUAUGUUCUCCAAA